AUGUCUCAUCUGGAUGCUUUCCACAUGAUGAUUGUUGGUAAGUAUUUUAAAACAAUCAAUGACUUUAUCAACAUAGUUAAGACCUCCAAGAAAUAUAACGAGUUUCUUACCAUGUACCACUACAACCCAAUUCCUUUAACAACAACCACCCGAGCCUACUUCCCAAACAUUGAAACUCUUCACUAUUACUAUGAAGACGACGAUGCUUUCGAUGAUGGCCACAUUGUUAAAUAUGAAAUUUGGCAUUUAGUCAAUUGUAAUACAGUGUAUGGAGCAAACCCAGAAAAAUACGUUUUCCACAACAUCAUAUUUGACAAAGGUGAUUUAGACUACUUCGAUAAAAUUCCAGACAUUGCCGCUUCUAUUGAUGAGUCUUGUUUCAAAUUUAAUGGGCUCAAACAAAUUGUGAUUCCAACAAGUGUCACUUCACUUGGAAUGGCUUGCUUCAGUAGCUGCUGGCAUCUUACCAAGGUUGAUAUGCCAGACACAGUUAAAAUGUUUGGUGAAUACUGUUUUGCAGGGUGUAUUGCUUUACCUGAAAUUCAUAUUCCAACUUCACUUGUAGAGUUACCAGACUCGUGUUUUUUGGGAUGCCAAUCACUUGACAACGUUGAAAUACCCGAAAACGUAAAAAAGAUUGAGGGGCAGUGUUUUAUGACUUGCACGAAUAUGUCAAAAAUAACAGUGCCAAGUACGUUAACUUCUGUCGGCAAAGAUUCAUUCCAAGGGUGCAACUCACUUGAUAGAGAUAUCAUCAAAAAGAUCUAUGAUAUGAAUCAAAACGACUAA